GUACUGAAGACCGUCUCACAGAUAGGCCUGCACCCGCUAGAGAGGAGAUUUAUGAGUACAUCAUCUUCUGGGGAAGUGAUAUCAAAGAUAUUACUGUGUGUGAACCUCCGAAAGCUCAGCACGUGCUCCCGCAGGACCCUGCUAUCGUUCAAUCUUCCCUGGGCUCAGGCUCGGCCUCCUCCUUCCAGCCACACGUGCCUUACAGCCCCUUCUGAGGGAUGCCCCCCUACAGCCAGCUGGCCGCCAGCUCCCUGCUUAGCCAGCAGUAUGCCGCUUCCUUGGGUUUAGAAAAGUUGGUAAGCCCUCCAGCCUCAGCCGCGGCUUCCAGCCCUAGUUCUUCUCCAUCUCCACAACCUGUUUCAGAGCUUGACAUGUCCUCAGAGCCACAUCAGCUCACUUCCAAGGUCGGCAAGAGCCCCAUGGUGGAGCAGGCUGUCCAGACUGGUUCUCUUGAUAACCUGAACACCAAGAAGCAGUUACCUGGCAAGAGCACUGUGGGGAUGCAGCUUAAUGGGCGCCCGGCCCCACCGAGCAGCAAGACCGCCAGCGAUGUAGUUCAGCUGGCAGCUGUGCAAACUCAAGGGCAGGUGAAUGACGAGAACAGAAGACCUCAGAGGCAGCGAUCAGGGAACAGACGAACAACGAAUCGCUCCAGAGGGCAGAGCCGUCCAACUAACGUCAAGGAAAACACAAUCAAGUUUGAAGGCGACUUUGAUUUUGAGAGUGCAAACGCCCAGUUCAACCGAGAGGAGCUGGACAAAGAAUUUAAGAAGAAACUGAAUUUUAAAGAUGACAAAGCUGAGAAAGGGGAGGACAAGGACCUGGCGGUGGUGACCCAGAGUGACGAGGCCCCUGCAGAGGAGGACCACCUGGGGCCCAACUGCUAUUACGACAAAUCCAAGUCCUUCUUUGACAACAUCUCCUCUGAACUCAAGACCAGUUCCAGGCGGACAACGUGGGCUGAAGAGAGGAAGCUCAACACGGAGACCUUUGGGGUGUCGGGAAGGUUUCUUCGUGGCCGUAGUUUCCGGGGUGGAUUUCGAGGGGGCAGGGGCAACGGUGCAACCCAUCGUAACCCGACUUCCCACAGAGCUGGGACUGGCAGGAUGUAAGGAGGCAGCCGAAGGCUCUUGCCGGAGCAGUGCAGACGCCAGGCAGUGUCUACGAGGAUGCUGGAAAACGCUGCACUUACUGGGGAGACGUGGUCACUUUGUUUACUGAGUUUGGAGAAUUCCCAUGCUACUACUUACGUUUGGGACUGAACUGAACUAGGACGUGGUGUGAGUUAC